GGUAAAUGCAGUUUCUCUGUCGUCACCGCGUGGCGAGGCUUUGGCCUGCGUUGAGCAAUCAGACUCCUUUGAUGGGCUGUUGGCAGGAAAGUUAAACACAAUAACUGGAACCAGUAACAUGGGCCCUGCACUGAGCAGUGGCCAGGAUCCCUGGAGUUCCACUGUGUGUUGACGGGACCAGGACAAACCUGACGCCAGGGGGUCUGUGUGUGUGCGUUGCCGUCUGAACAAGUCAUGGCCGACCAAGCUCCUCUGCAGCAAGGGGAGCCGCUGCUGACGAAGCCCCCCGAGCUGAGCCUCCCCAACGGGAAAGAAGCCCCCAAACUGGUCCUGCACGCCCGAGGCCAGUGGGCGAGUAAGGCCGAGUUCCUCCUGGCCGUGGCGGGACAGAUCAUCGGCCUCGGCAACGUCUGGAGGUUCCCGUACCUCUGCUACAAGAACGGUGGAGGUGUCUUCUUCAUCCCUUACCUGUUGUUCCUGGUGCUGUGCGGCAUCCCCCUCUUCCUCCUGGAGACCUCGCUGGGACAGUACACCAGCCUGGGGGGGGUCAGCGCCUGGAGGAGCGUCUGCCCUAUAUUUGGAGGGCUGGGUUACGCCAGCCAGGUGAUCAUCCUGCACGGCUGCGUGUACUACGUGGUCAUCCUGGCGUGGGCCGUCUUCUACCUGGUGCACAGCUUCCAGGCCGAGCUGCCGUGGGCGCACUGUAACAACACGUGGAACACCGAGUCGUGCGUCUUGUUCAACCACCUCAACCAGACCAAUGCGAGCAGCCUGCCCGAGAACGCCUCCUCCCCAGUCACCGAGUUUUGGGAGCGGGAGGUGCUCCGCCUGUCCAGCAAUUUGGACGAGCUGGGUCCGGUCAGCUGGAAGUUGGCUCUGUGUCUGGCCGUCGUCUGGCUCGUCUGCUACUUCUGCGUCUGGAAGGGAGUCAAGUCCACUGGAAAGGUAGUGUACCUGACGGCCACCUUCCCAUAUGUCAUGCUGUUUGUGCUGCUGGUGCGCGGUGCCACGCUGCCCGGAGCGACACAGGGCAUCGUUUACUACCUCAAGCCCAACGUCACCCGCCUGGCAGACCCCCAGGUAUGGAUGGAUGCCGGGACACAGGUUUUCUUCUCCUACGGAAUCUGCUUGGGAAGUCUCACAGCCCUGGGAAGCUACAACAAAUACAACAACGACUGCUACAAAGACUCCUUCAUGCUGUGCCUCCUGAACAGCGCCACCAGCUUCCUGGCGGGUUUCGCCAUCUUCUCGGUGCUGGGCUUCAUGGCGGAGGAGCAGGGCGUGGACAUCGGCACCGUGGCCCAGUCAGGACCCGGCCUCGCCUUCAUCGUCUACCCCCGAGCUGUCGCCAUGAUGCCGCUACCUCAACUCUGGGCUGUCUGCUUCUUCCUCAUGAUCAUCAUGCUGGGGCUGGACACACAGUUUGUGAGCCUGGAGGCCCUGAUGACGUCAGUGAGUGACCUGUACCCGCACCUGAUCAGAAGAGGUCACCGCCGGGAGCUGCUGCUGCUGCUGGUCUGCGUGGUCUGCUUCCUGAUGGGGCUGGUCAUGGUCACGCCGGGAGGUCUCUACGUGUUCCAGGUCUACGACCACUUCUCCUGCAGCGGAGCCAGUCUGCUGCUCCUCUCCAUCUGCCAGUCCGUGGCCAUCGGCUGGGUCUACGGAGCCGAGCGCUUCAGUGGCAACAUCAGGGAUAUGACCGGCUACAGCCCGCUGCCGUACUUCAAGCUGUGCUGGAAAUACCUGACCCCGGCUGUGUGCACUGCCACCUUUGUGUUCUCCCUGGUGUGUUGGGCUCCUCUGAGCCUCGGGAAGGGCCUGGUGGCUCCGCUGUGGGCCACCACGCUGGGCUGGAUCCUCACCCUCUCAUCCGUCUCCCUGCUUCCCUUCUGGGCCAUCUACGCCCUGGCGACCACCCCAGGGUCCCUCACACAGCGCUUCCAGCAUCUGUGCAGCCCGGCCAAACUCUCCUCCUCCCACCACCUCCCCACCAGCACCUCCCCACUGCCCUACAGCCCCCGACUGCAGCUCAGCGAGAAGCCCAAGCAGCCGAUUGCAGACGUCGAUCGUUUGUCCUGACGACGUAGCGCCUGGGACGCUGCUUAGCCAAUCAGGUGGGGUGAAGCUCGGGAGGGUCGAGGUUGAUUUAGAGAUUUAACAGCCACGAAACAAUCUACGCUAGAUGUUCAUAUUUUCUAAAAUAUUCUCAGCAUCCAGACCUCUUUCCCACUUUGGUGUAAAGGUUUCAGAAAGCUGGAGAAUACACAUCUGAUUGGACCUUGAGUGGCUGAUCAAGAUAAGAACUACCUAAAAAGACUGAAACAAACUUUACUGAGUCCUUUCCACCGACAUGGCAGAGGCCAGAUUUAUGACCUGUACUGCAGCCAGCCCCCCCCCCUGCUUAGGCUGCACUUUUGUUGGAGCAGAUUUAUCGUCCAUCUUUAGAUACAGUCUAUCGUUCAUCAGCACUGAGCCUGUUGUGUUAGCCUGUGACCUCAGCCUGAGCUCUGAUCCUCCCCCUAAUGUUUCCUUCUCGUUGGGUUCAGGUGCAGGUCUCGUCUGAAGUGACUCUGUGAGUCAGACUGGUUUCAUACACUGGGUUUUAUCUGGACUUUUUUUUUCUGGAUGGUGUCAUAUCGUGGAUUUGGAAUGGUUCACACUACGCCUUACACAAGAUCUCAAUUUUAACAAAUGUACAUUUUUACUGCCAAUAUAUCAAAGGAUCAAUCAUCAUUUUUUCUUGAACACUUCUCGCCGAGAUCGUCGGGAACUGAACGGACAUAGUUACUCAUCAUGGAAACUGUUUCAUCAAUAACACUUAUUACUGUAUCUGUUUUCAUUCUCUUGUCGUUUGGGCAGUUUGUGCAAAAGUAAAAGCGUCGGUGCGUCUUGGCACUGCGCCAAAAAUAAACAAGCUGCCGACAUUAACAGUAAAUAUAUGAAUAAAAUACUACAAACUGCU